AUGGCGGACGACGGCAAGCGGGAGGGUGGGAACAAGGUUGAGAGAGGGCGUGCCAGAAUUGCUGGGCAGAUGCGAAGGGGGUGGACGCAGUCAUCAUCUGCUGCGAGUGCCCCAGUACACGCCGGUACAUCACGCAGCUACGUGCAUGUACAUGCGCGGCGAGGUGCUAACUUCCCAUGCCGCUCAGCAGCUACUGUAGCAGCGGUGCUUAUAGCACUGCGCUACAGAACUGAACGGCGGUGCAGCGCCCAGAGCAGGGCCAAGACAGGGCAUCGACAGGGCACCGCCAGGGCCCCGGCCUGCCUAGCGGGAGCCCAGCACGAGGAGGUACCCGGAGCUAGAGGUACAGGGCACAAGCAUGAGCAUGAGCGCGGAUCGCAGCGAGGAGACGCCGCUCGCAGCAGCACUCAAUCACGCACCGCUGCGUCGCCCAGCAGCAUGUGGCAGUCCCCGGAGGGUUCCCAGACAGCAGCACGGCGGCGUUGCGUGAGAGCGGCUCCAGGCUUACUGGCGACAAUGUACGAGUACUGCAUGCACGGGCAUGGACUUGGUCGAGAUUACGGGACUUCAUCCGGUACCUAG